AAGACACUUUGCUAAAACUGAGGAAGAAAGUGUAAAGACGGAGCCUUUUACGGCGAAUGGAGGAAGACAGAGCCACCAUGACCGGAGCUGUAGCCACUCGAGACUCGGUGGAACCCAGCGAAGACAUACUCAUAUGCGUCGAUGUUGAUGCGGAAUCGACGGUGGAGAUGAAGACCACUGGAACUAACGGUAAGCCUUUGAACAGGCUCGAGUGCCUCAAGCUAGCCAUUACUCGCUUUAUCCACGACAAGCUCUCCAGAAAUUCCGAUCAUCGCUUUGCUUUCGCUACCCUCUCCCAGUCAGCCGCUUGGCUUAAAAAGGAAUUCUCCAACGAUGCUAAAUCUGCUGCUGCUUCUUUAAGAGAAAUGUCAGCUACUAGAUCCUCUGGUCCAGCGGAUCUCACAUUUCUGUUCCAGGAAGCGGCUCAGGAAGCCAAAACUUCCAGAGCACAAAAUCGAAUUUUGAGAGUGAUUCUCAUGUACUGCAGGUCAUCCGUGAGACCAACCCAUGAUUGGCCUAUAAACCAGAAGCUCUUCACAUUGGAUGUUAUGUACCUGCACGACAAGUCGGGUCCUGAUAAUUGUACUCACGAUGUGUAUGACUCUCUUGUUGAUGCUAUAGAGCGUGUUUCGGAGUAUGAAGGUUACAUCUUUGAGGGCAGUCAUGGGCUUUCACAGUCUGUUUUCAGGCGUAUGUCAACGUUGUUAUCACAUCCUCCUCAAAGAUGUGCUCAAGUUGAUCUCCCCAAGCCUCCUGCAAAGAAGCCAGCUGUUUCCUGUGAUAAAUCAGCCUCAGAUUCAACGAAAGGAGCGAAGCAACCGUUAGAAAAAAAACCUAAGACAAACACAAAGAGAAUACACAGCCUAGGCAAAGAGAAAACAUCUGAUUUCAAAAAGUAUGAUGAAAAGAUAGUUGGGUCGAGGGUUAAAAUCUGGUGGCCGUUGGAUCGCGCGUAUUAUGAAGCUGUGGUCAUUUCAUAUUGUUCUGCUAAAGAGAGACAUCGGGAUAAAGAAGCUAAUCAAACGGGAUGUGAUGAAGAAGCCUCCACAAUGCCCCAGAAGAAGAAAGCUAAGACACGCAAGGAACAGUCAACUAAUAAGCAAUCAAAGAUGCUUUCACCAUUUCCACCUAAUGUUAAAAAGGAUGAUGAGGUUCCCCAAAUAUCAAGGAGGCAGGCAGAACAAGUUCUCAGUAACUGUGCUAGCCAGAUUAAAAAGUAUCUGACAGAAGCAGGGAAAUUGUCGAGCGUCUCCUUAGCUAAUCCCAGUGAUGUAGUGGAUUCAAUAUGUGGAAGGGCAUUUGAUGCUUUAAAGCAGGAAGAUGUUGUUGCUAAUGAAAAAGAAGACCGUCAAGGCCCAAGAGAAGCGGCAGUAAAGGAACAACAGAGAGCAGCAGAAGUUUCUACCCCUGAGCUAACUUGUGUACCUGAGAGGGGACUGAACCUGGAGCAGUCACUAAGUGUUUGUCCUCAUGAUUCAUCUGUCAAAUCAGCUAUUUCUUCUAUGAAUGAGAAUGGACACAAAAUCCUUGAGAUGGUUCAACAACCAGUGGCUGAAGAAGAGGAUCUUGCAGAAACUAAGACUAAGACAUACAAGCGAGCUCGAGUCGAAAGCUCCAGCGUUCAUAAAGCUGAUGGCGAGAUGGAGAAGGAAGCUGCAGAAGGAGAACCCUCUUGCCGGUCCCACAAAUCGAGUGCUGAGCCCGGAGACUUGCAGCCUAAGAACCUCCCUGAACCUUGCUCUGUCACACAACAGCUGGCUAAGGUCAAACAGAGCAUUUUAGACACUGUAGCCAGUGUAAGACAGUUUCGCUGUGAGCUGGAAAGAAAGGAACAGAGCAUUGCAGACACUUUAAGCAUUGUACGACAGUUCCGAUCUGAGAUCGAGGAAAAGGAAGAUAUGCUAGAAGCUUCACUCCUGGAAAUCGAUGUGUUAGGGGAGAAGAUAUCGGGAAUCAACAAAAUCCUCAACUGAAGAUCAUCAAGUGGAUUGCAAACUCAACUGGUAUCCUGAAACUAGUUGGACGAUUGAGUAACGUAGUUGACAACCAGAGAGAAGUCAUUUUUUUGUAUAGCGUUAUCACUCGCUCAAGUCUAAAGACAGUUGAUUUUCUUAAUGUCAAGUCAAAAACCAAUAGUGGUUCUUAUAGGCACCACUUUUUUGAUGAUUUAACAAAGUUCGAAGUUACCGCAAUUGCUAAUACUGAUCGAUUCAAUCAAAAGAAAGCACCAAGAAACUGCAUAGCCUCAAUAACAGAAGUAAAAGAAUCUCUCUUGUGUCCUAGUGGAACUACUCAAUGA